AUGGAAAGCGACCCUUCUGACAAAUCCAACCCGAUCACCCCCAAAAAGCAUGAUCUGAAAGAUGAUGGGGAUUCUUCGCCGGCGUUGAGGUCUCCUGGAGCCAAUCCACAAGAAGGUUGGGUCACCGGUCAUGGAGAGAGGAACGAUGAGGAUGAGGGGAAGAAAGAUCAAGAGAAGAUCGAUACAAGUGAGAUUGCUGAAGAGAAGGUUGAUGUUGUUGAUCCUGAAGUUUGUUAUAGCCUUGAGAAGGCUUUGGAAGACAUUGACAAGCUUGCCACAAUUCUUUCCUCCUCUAACGAUGAAAAUGAUCCUUCGGAAAUCCCUGAAUUCGUCGACAGGCUCAUGGAUUUUGUCGAGGCCGAAGUAGCGGGAUAUUGCACCGACCUGGGUGAAGGGAAAGCGAAAUGGUCUCAAGACCCACAGGUUAAUUCUUUUUUGGAAAUUGUUGGUCGCGUCUCGAAGCUGGCAACUGUAGUCGCACCCUCUAAAUGCAGAGAAAAGUUUGCUUCAUUGAUUAAUCGGAUUGGGAAAAUCCAACAAGAAGCUCUGUCGUUUUUGGAAGAUGAAUUCAGGGUGUCAUUAGAUGAAUGUCGGCCUAUUGAUUUAGAGAAAGAAGGAAACGUCAAAUCAAAACAAGAGUCCACCGAAGAAUCAGAUCAAUCCAUUGAGGAGGGCGAUUCAUUUGGAUACACAAAUGAUAUCGUGUCUGGUUUGAACAAGAUAGCAAAGGAGAUGAUCUCAUGUGGUUAUGAAAGCGAGUGCUGUCAAGUUUAUAUAGUCACAAGGAGGAAUUCAUUCGAAGAACUAUUUAACAAGUUCGGCUUUGAGAAUAUUAGCAUCGACGACGUGCAAAAGAUGCAAUGGGAAGCUCUAGAGAGAGAGAUUGUCAAGUGGAUCCAAACCUUCAAAGAAUGUGCAUCGGUGCAUUUCUAUCGAGAGUUGAGGCUUGCAGAGGCUGUGUUCGCUGGAUAUCCAUCAAUUGCAACUCAUCUAUUCUAUAAUCUCACUCGAAGCAUGUUGAUUCAUAUCUUGAAUUUCUCUGAAGCAGUAGCAAUGUCAUCGAAGAGGUCAGCUGAAAAGUUGUUCAAGUUCUUGGACAUGUUUGAGACUCUGCGAGAUAUGACAUGUACCAUGGAUCGAUAUUUCAAGGACGAAGACAGUGCAAAUCAAUUGAGGACGGAGAUUAAUACUGCACGAUCUCGGAUUGGCGAGGCUAUUGUGAGCAUGUUCAGUGACUUAGAAAACUCAAUCAAAACAGAUGCAGGUAAAAACCCUGUGCCCGGAGGUGCAGUUCACCCCUUAACAAGUUACACUAUAAACUAUCUGAAGUAUGCAAGUGAGUACAAAGAAACUCUAGAGCAAGUUUUCAAAGAGCACUUGAAGAUCGAACGAGCUGAUUCCAACAACAGAACAGAAUUUCAAGGCGAGAACAAUCAGGACAACUCAGAGAAGGAACCAUCGCCGUUCUCAAUCCAGUUAACAAGAGUCAUGGAUUUGUUAGAUUCGAAUCUUGAAGCGAAAUCCAAGCUCUACAAGGACGUGUCCCUGAGCUUCAUAUUCAUGAUGAAUAAUGGACGGUACAUCUUGCAGAAAGUGAAAGGCUCGGUCGAGAUCAAUGAGCUGAUGGGCAACAAUUGGCGACGCAAGAAAUCAUCGGAGCUAAGGCAGUACCAUAAGAAUUACCAGAGGGAAACUUGGAGUAAAGUCUUGGGUUGCUUCCGAGACGAGGGGUUGAACGUGCAUGGGAAGGUCUCGAAGCCGGAGUUGAAGGAGAGGUUCAAGACCUUCAACGCGAUGUUCGAAGAAAUUCACAAGACGCAGAGCGCAUGGAUUGUGAAGGACGAGCAGCUGCAAUCGGAGCUUAGGGUUUCAAUAUCUGCGGUGGUAAUUCCGGCAUACCGGUCGUUCCUGGGCCGGCACUCGCACCAUUUUACAGCGGGAAGGCAAUCGGAGAAGUACGUGAAGUAUCAACCGGAGGACUUGGAGACGUACAUCGACGAGCUCUUCGAUGGGACCCCAGCCACUACGGGCAGAAGAAAGCAAUAG